CCUUCGUUUCCGCCGCAUUUUCCUCUCAUCCUUUCACACUCUCAUUCACACCCAACUACCCUCCUCCCUCCUUCAUCUCCUCUAAUCUCCUCAUCCAAAUCUCUCCCACCCCGUCCUCUCCCAAGACCUCAUCCACCAUCUCCUGUCAUCCCUUUUCAACUUCCCAAUUCGUGCAUUCCUCCUAUACGUGCUCCCAAGUUUCCAUUCCUCCUCCACAUAUCCUACACUUCCUUUUUUCAUCCCCUUCCCAAUAUCUACUCCCCAUCAUCCCGUCUCCCAGCCUAUACUUCGCCACUUUCUGCCAUCUUUGCUCCUUCCAUCCCUUCUUUAGGUACUCUGGCAACCCCUUACCUUUCAUCCUACCAGACCAUAUGUUAAAUCUAGAGCUUCUAAUUUUCUCCCAUCUUUCCUCUUCCUGUCACCUACUCUCUCUAGCCACUACUUCUUCCCCCCUCAGCUCUUUCCCCUCUCUCAACUUUUCUAUCUCAAUUAGGCUCCAGCUCUUCUCCUCAUAAAAAUCUCUCCUUCCCUCUUCCCAUUUACCCAUCACUUUUCCUACCUUUGCCCUGUCUCUCAUUUCAAACACAACCUCGCCAGCUCUCCUCCUCCUCCCUUUCUCAGUUUCUUUUCAUAACUCCAUGCUCUCAACGCUGCCCUCCCCCUCAACUUUUCCCUCUGCAUUUCCUCCCUCAUCAUGUACCCCGGCGUGUACCUCCCAACCCUCAAAAUCCACUUCAAGAACCUGUCCUGUAUCCUCUCUACCUUCUCUCUUUCUUUCCAGCCCCAUAUCUUCACUCCAUAUCUCAUUACCAUCCAAACCAAUCUAUCAAACAACCAUAUCCUUCUCGACCAAUCCUUUUCAAACUUCCUCUUUCCUAUCCCCCACACUUCUCUCAUCACCACCGCUCCCUUGUUAACUCUCUCCUCUAUAUGUUUUUUCUGACCUCCAUUUGCCAUCAUUACAUACCCUAGAUAUUUGUAUUUUCUCACCUCUUCUAUUUCUUUUCCUUUCCAUUUCCACACUAUCUUUUUCUGUCUCCCGCCCUCCUUUUACACCUCAUUAUUUUCGUCUUCUCCACAUUGACCUUUAAUCUUUUUCAUUCUAUAUAACUUUCCAGUGCCUUAAUCAUCCCUUUCAUUCCUGUCUCCUCCUCUGCAACCACUGCAACAUCAUUUGCAUACGCUAACGAGUAUUUUCCUUCCCUUUAUCCUCACUCCCCCCCACCUAAUAAUAAUAAUAAGAAAUUGUUUAUCACACCAAAAAUGACUCUUUUUUCACAUAUUAUAUCAUGUCCGAUACAAUCCUUUACAAACAAGCAUGAUAAAAAUGUAACGCCUAUAAAAAGUAUAAAAAAACAAUUAAUGUUUUUAUUUUAGGAAAAUGGGUUUCAAGAGGUGUUUUGGUAUAAGAAUAAAGUUUGGUAUGGCAUAUAAUAUGUUCAAAUUUAUUUAAAAAAAAAUUAUUUCUGAAAAAACUUAUGUGUCCGAUACUAUCCGACCUUCCCCUACAGUUUUUAAAGUGCAGAAAUUAAUUUUUAAACUUAUUAUCUAAUCGGCUGUUCCAAAACUUUUGCUCAUUUGAUGCACUUAAAUUGUUUCUUUCAUUCUCUAAAUGUAUCAUUCUAUUUCAGAUUCAUAAUGGUAUUUAUAGCAUGAAUUAAAAUUUUCAUCGGCGUCUUGACCUGUGUGUAUAUUCCCAAGCAGAACAGGGAGUCAUCAAGACGUCAAAAUAAUGUCAAAGUGACUGCAAAAUAAUCAUUAAAAUUCACUUUUCAAUCAAUUACGAUUCAUUUUGAUGUCAUUUUGACACAAUUGUGAAUCACUUUGAUGUCAUUUUGACUUGUUGUUCUACUUGGGUUUAUUUUAAAUACGUGGCAUUCAACUUCUGGCAUAACUUAGGUGUUUUUUUCCCGGAACCUGUUGUGCCAAUUGGAAAUAUGGCAGCAAUCGUUGCUAGAAAAAUACCAGUAGAAAUUAUGCGAAAAUAUCCAUCUGUCCCUAUCUUAAAUCGAAUUUGUACGGAAGAAAUAGUUUUACCGAUAACAGAUAUCGACAUACGUGUACCAAAAGGGACAUUAAUAACGAUACUAGUUCUUGGUAUACACAGAGAUCCGACGAUAUAUCCAGAUCCGGAUAAAUUUGAUCCGGAAAGAUUCUGCAAGGACGAAAAAAAGAAAAGACAUCCGUGUGCGCAAUUUGGCUUAAUGCAAACAAAAGUCGGACUGGUGUGUCUUUUAUCAAAAUAUAAAUUUACAUUUUACCCCCGAUCUAAAAAGUUAUUUAUUUUUAGCGAGAAAUGUAUUGGACUUGAAGUAAAAGGCGGCAAAUAUUUUAUUAUUGAGCCACGAAAAUAAGAGUUUCUUUAUGUAAACUGUAUCUAUCUUUGUCUUGUGAUGUGUGUGUGUUUUGUGAUAGUACAUUUAUAUCUUCUUAUUAUGAUUAAUUACUUUUUGUAUAACGUCUAUAUAGUUUCAAUGUUUAAAUUCUAUGUAAUAAUAAGCACCACAUACUUAUAUAAAUAAUGUAGCUGUUGUAUCCCCGCAAAGAAAACAGGUUUGAUGUGUAAAAAGAGAAUGCCGAUACUAAUACUGCGUUUAAUACUUGUAUUUCUAAGGGCGGUAUUCAUAAAUGCUUUUUAUAUUUAAGAUUUUCUCAAGUUCGAUCCAUCGUACUUGCCAGCGAUGCAUGUCGCGUAUAUGACUUUACUCAGGAUCGGAUUAUUAUAGUUCCCAAGACUAAUUUAGGCUAUUGUCUAGAUAUCCUAAUAUCGACAUUUUGCUAUUUGGCAUUGGUCUUGAAACACAGUUUCAAAACCAGAUUACGUAAUUUUACAAGUUAUUAAAGCAAUUUGGACCUACACAAAAGAGGAAUAUUAGAUAUUAAAAAAAGGAAUUAAAAUUUUAGAAUCAGUUUUCUUAAUGACUAUUAGACGUAACACAUAAUGGAUAUGAAUAAAACGUAAGACAUAAAUGUAUUGUACAAAAUAUAAUUUAUCAUUCAACUGUAGUGUUUAUUGAGGAAACUAAUUCUAAAAUUUUAAUUUUUAUUCCUAAUAUCUAAUAUUCUUUUAUUGUGUGCAAGGUCUAAUAAAUCGAUGUUAAUCUGCUUAUUAUAUUGUUUCAGGUCCAAGAAAGCAAUCAUCUGACAACGAAUUUUGAAAAGAUUUAUUAAAAGUGUUAUCAGAUGGUAGCAAAACUCCUGAUGGUAUUGAAGGAUUUUUGCUUCAAUUGGGCGAGAUUUUAUGAAAAUUGCCAUAUAAAAAUAGAAGGCUGUUGAAAGAUAUAAUUCUGCUUGAGUUGAUAAAACUAUACAUUGUUAGAAUUACGCGGACUUGCUUGAGCAAGUCGUACAGAUCGAUGAGAUGGCGCAUCGAUCUUGUAUUGGUGGGAGAUGUUUCCGCUGCAAGAUCCCUUGGCCUCUUUAGCUGCGGUCCGAUUCACGCUCACAGCGCUAUCAGCGAACUCCUGGUUGAUCCAAUUCACUUCUUGAGCGUUUUCUGUAAGCGAAGUAACGUAAUGAAUUUGUGACGUCGCGCGCUCACGGAGACCUUGCUUCGAAGGUGGGUCGGCGUGAGCGUUUGUGCGGGAAAUAUGUUUAAAGUUUACACUUUGACUAGGCGUGUAGAAUCUGUUACCGUCAAUGUGUUCGGGCGUGUUUUUUCGAUAACGGAAAAUAUUUUUGCAACCGUUGAUUGCAUCACAGCACACAAAAGUUAUAAAAUAUUUAUAAUAAUUAUGUGAAUAUUAUAAAAAUAAUUGUCAAAAUAUUUGAUAAAUAUUUUUAUGAUCUUACAUUCAACACAUCAUAAAUAUUUAUUAUAAA